GAAAGUUAGGACGCUUCCAAAAACUUUUCAACUCUCACCUUCAAGGUCCCCAACAACGCACACACUCUCUCUCUCUCCUCUCUCUUACUUUUCCUCCUAAACUCUGGCGAUGAAAAGUAGUUAGAGACACCGAGCGAUGGGAGCGAAUUCGAAAUCAGUAACGGCUUCCUUCACCGUCAUCGCCGUUUUUUUCUUGAUUUGCGGUGGCCGAACUGCGGUGGAGGAUGAGACCGAGUUUCACGGCGACUACUCGAAGCUAUCGGGUAUAAUCAUUCCGGGAUUUGCGUCGACGCAGCUACGAGCGUGGUCGAUCCUUGACUGUCCAUACACUCCGUUGGACUUCAAUCCGCUCGACCUCGUAUGGCUAGACACCACUAAGCUUCUUUCUGCUGUCAACUGCUGGUUUAAGUGUAUGGUGCUAGAUCCUUAUAAUCAAACAGACCAUCCCGAGUGUAAGUCACGGCCUGACAGUGGUCUUUCAGCCAUCACAGAAUUGGAUCCAGGUUACAUAACAGGUCCUCUUUCUACUGUCUGGAAAGAGUGGCUUAAGUGGUGUGUUGAGUUUGGUAUAGAAGCAAAUGCAAUUGUCGCUGUUCCAUACGAUUGGAGAUUGUCACCAACCAAAUUGGAAGAGCGUGACCUUUACUUUCACAAGCUCAAGUUGACCUUUGAAACUGCUUUAAAACUCCGUGGCGGCCCUUCUAUAGUAUUUGCCCAUUCAAUGGGUAAUAAUGUCUUCAGAUACUUUCUGGAAUGGCUGAGGCUAGAAAUUGCACCAAAACAUUAUUUGAAGUGGCUUGAUCAGCAUAUCCAUGCUUAUUUCGCUGUUGGAGCUCCUCUUCUUGGUUCUGUUGAGGCAAUCAAAUCUACUCUCUCUGGUGUAACGUUUGGCCUUCCUGUUUCUGAGGGAACUGCUCGGUUGUUGUCCAAUUCUUUUGCGUCGUCAUUGUGGCUUAUGCCAUUUUCAAAGAAUUGCAAGGGUGAUAACACAUUCUGGACGCAUUUUUCUGGGGGUGCUGCAAAGAAAGAUAAGCGCGUAUACCACUGUGAUGAAGAGGAAUAUCAAUCAAAAUAUUCUGGCUGGCCGACAAAUAUUAUUAACAUUGAAAUUCCUUCCACUAGCGUUACAGAAACAGCUCUAGUCAACAUGACCAGCAUGGAAUGUGGCCUUCCCACCCUUUUGUCUUUCACAGCCCGUGAACUAGCAGAUGGGACUCUUUUCAAAGCAAUAGAAGACUAUGACCCAGAUAGCAAGAGGAUGUUACACCAGUUAAAGAAGUUGUAUCAUGAUGACCCUGUUUUUAAUCCUCUGACUCCUUGGGAGAGACCACCUAUAAAAAAUGUAUUUUGCAUAUAUGGUGCUCAUCUAAAGACAGAGGUUGGUUAUUACUUUGCCCCAAGUGGCAAACCUUAUCCUGAUAAUUGGAUCAUCACGGAUAUCAUUUAUGAAACUGAAGGUUCCCUCGUGUCAAGGUCUGGAACUGUGGUUGAUGGGAACGCUGGACCUAUAACUGGGGAUGAGACGGUACCCUAUCAUUCACUCUCUUGGUGCAAGAAUUGGCUCGGACCUAAAGUUAACAUAACAAUGGCUCCCCAGCCAGAACACGAUGGAAGCGACGUACAUGUGGAACUAAAUGUUGAUCAUGAGCAUGGGUCAGACAUCAUAGCUAACAUGACAAAAGCACCAAGGGUUAAGUACAUAACCUUUUAUGAAGACUCUGAGAGCAUUCCGGGGAAGAGAACCGCAGUCUGGGAGCUUGAUAAAACAAAUCACAGGAACAUAGUAAGAUCUCCAGUUCUGAUGAGGGAGUUAUGGCUUCAGAUGUGGCAUGACAUUCAGCCUGGUGCAAAGUCCAAAUUUGUCACCAAAGCCAAGCGCGGGCCACUUAGAGAUGCGGAUUGCUACUGGGAUUACGGGAAAGCCUGUUGUGCUUGGCAAGAAUACUGUGAAUACAGAUACAGUUUUGGGGAUGUUCACUUAGGACAAAGUUGUAGAUUGAGGAACACAUCUGCUAAUAUGCUUCUCCAGUACAUAUAAAUUUCUUCGUUCAGCAAAUGACCAUUCCUUCUUCUUCAUUUUCUUCUCCCAGUAAGAGGUAAAAAAAAAAGGGGUUUAAAACGGUCAAUUCUUAUUGCUCUCUCUAUUUCUCACGCAAAGGUAUUCUUUGUGAUUUUUUUUUCUAUUACGAGCAAUAUGAUAGACAGUUUGGGUACAGCUAAGAGUGCAGUCACUUUGAACUUACCGGCUAAAGUAGUAAAUCCAUAUGAAAACAAUGUAGAGUUUUUUUUUUUUAACUACAAGUGCGAUUUGGUCUCUUCCGUUUUGAUGGAGAGAAACAGAACAAUUCUGAGUAUGUUCUUGCUUUUGGUUGGUACCAUUUCCCUCUUUAGCUUAUUGGGUACAAAAUUGUAUGAUGAUUAAAUCAGAAAAAAAAAAAAAGACGGUGAAGAUUUUGGUUGAAUUUUUAUUUCUCAUCUGUUUGAUUGUUUCAAAUGUAGCAUUUGAGUUGGCAGUCAAUAUGAUAAAGACGACACUUUUGUAUUUAACGUCUGAAGUUAUAGAGGGAUAGAUAGAAUAUAAAGUUCCACUCACUUUCUUACAUAUUUAAUUAAUUUAAUAUAUAUGUCGUAAUGUAUUAAACAGUAGGCAUGUAUUUAUUUGAAUACCG